AUGGAGUUCCUCCCAACCCUCCAAUCAACAUUCGACCCCCAAAAACCCUCCCUCUUCGAACUCCUCUCGGAAGCCCAACUUUCCUCCCUCCUUCCCCCCUCCCUCCGCUACCUGCUCACAGUAGCCACCCACCGACACCCACGCUACCUCCUCCGCGUCCUAAACUCCUUCGAUGAACUCUACGCCCUCAUCAUGCUCCUGGUAGAACGCCACUACCUCACCACCCACGGCGGUGGCUUCACCGAGAACUUCUACGGUUUGAAGCGGGAAAAGGCGUUAUCCGUUGGCGAAAUACCGCGGGCGCAGAUCGGCGCGCCGGGACAUGUUCGAAGUGCGUUGAAAUUGGGAAAGGGGGAUGUAUGGAAGAAUCUCGCUAUAAUGGUCGGACUGCCGUAUCUUAAGAGGAAAUUGGAUGAGAGUUACGAGAUCAAUGCUCCUCGCGCUUUGCUAGGCGGGAAUUACACGCGAAUGCCUGCGAACCCGACGAUAAAGCAGAGGAUAUUACAUUACUAUCGAUGGUUUCUGCGGAAUGUGUAUCCGAGUAUCAAUGCGGCUUAUUAUUUUGCGGUGUUGGCUUUCAAUAUAUCCUACCUAUUUGACAACUCGAGGUUCCAUAAUCCAUUUUUCUGGUUGGUUGGAACGAGGAUGAGGAGGUUAGGAGAGGAGGAUUACCGUGCUAUUAGUGCGUUGUCCGAACCGAAGCCGAGUACGGGGCCAGCGGGUGGGAAUCUCGGGGUUACCAGUAUUUUCAGUCCAAGAGUUAUGGGAGAACGGGCGUUGGGAAGUUUAAAAGUGCUAUUACCGACCAGUAUCUUCGCAUUAAAGUUCUUGGAAUGGUGGCACGCGAGCGAUUUCGCAAGACAACUAAGCAGAAAAGCUGCGGAAGGGAUUGAACUACCGCCGCCUGUAGUCAGUGGACUCUCAACUCUAAGUACCAGAUUCAGUCCUUCAAAUAAAACCUCAUCAACCGACAUCCAAUCUCAAACCGAAAACAGCGAGUCACAGAAAAUGGAAGCCAAAAACCCACCCAUAGCCUCCACAACCCUCCUCCCCAUCCUCACCGUCCCCAUCCCCUCAAACACAGAACUCUGUCCCAUCUGCGAGCAAGAAAUUACGACCGCGACAGCCUGCCAAACAGGUUUCGUAUUCUGCUACCCUUGUAUCCAUCGCUGGCUCGAGGGGAAUCAUGAGAAGCAGGAGGCAUGGAUGGAAGGCAGAGAAGGGAAGUGGGAGAGUGGGAAGGGGAGGUGUGCUGUUACGGGUAGACGGGUGUUAGGGGGGACGGAGGGGUUGAGGAGGAUUAUGGUGUAG